CUCAACCCUCAAGGGCGAGAUUUUACAGGAAUUCCACUCCUCACCAAGCGUGGGACAUCCGGGGAUUGAACGCACUUUUCGCCGCGUGGCGACUGUUUUCUUUUGGCCCCAUAUGCGCCGAGAUAUCGCAGCUUUUGUGGCCUCGUGUCUCACAUGUCAGGCAACCAAAUACUCAACUCUAAAACCAGGGGGUCUGUUGCAACCCUUACCGGUUCCCGGUCGUGUUUGAGACGACGUGACGAUGGAUUUCAUAGUGGGCUUGCCGCCGUCAAAAGGGAUGACGUCGAUCAUGGUGGUUGUGGACAGAUUGACGAAAUACGGCCAUUUUGGGCCACUGCCGACCUCCUUUGAUGCCGCCAAGGCUGCUUCCUUGUUCGUCGAGAUUGUGGUUCGUCACCACGGGUUUCCAGCAUCCAUUGUCUCCGAUAGGGAUCCCAUUUUCAUCAGCAAUUUUUGGACAGAACUCUUUCGGCUGAGUGGCACAACUUUUAAACGCAGCACGACAUACCAUCCUCAAUCUGACGGUCAGACGGAGGUUUGUAACCGGGAUCUGGAGCAGUACUUGCGGGCCUACUGCCAUGAGCAUCCGUCGACGUGGGUGUCCUUCCUUCCGUGGGCAGAAUUGGCGUUGAAUUCCACUUAUCACGCGGGGCUGAAAACAUCACCGUUCAAGGCUUUAUAUGGCCGCGAUCCUCCACCUUUGCUCUCACAUACGACGGGCAGUAGUCGUGUCCCAAGUGUCGAGGCCUUACUUCAAGAGCGGGGGGCAGUGAUUCGGUUAUUGCGGAAGAAUCUCAUCAGCAUGCAGCGGUGGAUGGUUGCCACGGCCAAUAAACAUCGACGUCACGUUGAAUUUCAAGUGGGGGAUCAUGUGUUGCUCAAGCUCCAACCGCACAGGCAGUUUUCGGUGGCGAAACCGCGAUCGGCCAAACUUGCACGCCGUUUUUACGGCCCCUUUGAGGUACUGGCCAGGGUGGGGCAUGUGGCAUAUCAGCUGAAGCUGCCGGACGAGGCCCGUAUUCAUAACGUUUUUCACGUCUCUCUCCUUCGGCCAUUUGUGGGAGGUUCUGCCACUCCACCGAUCACUGUUUUUCCCAUGGAAUUUUGCAAUGGUGCUCCGGUGUCUGUUCCAGUUCGUGCUAUUGGGUCUCGCCGGGUGCUUGUGCAUGGCGAACCGCAAGACCAAUGGUUGGUCGUCUGGUCUCACGGUGGGGAGAGCGACGCCACGUGGGAACCAGUGACGCACCUCCGGCAGGUUUAUCCGACGCUAGUCCUUGAGGACAAGGACGUUCUUCAUGGGGGGAAUAAUGUUACACUACCGGGGGAUACAAAUAUUGGGCCAGAGUUGGAAGAUGUUCGGGAUGAAGAUGUAAGUGUUCGGGCCGAGAGUGAACGUGAAGAAAGCAUUGGGCCAAGGCGUUCUAAACGGAUCCCCAAACCCCCGACAAAAUUAAAUGAUUACCUUUAUUAAAUUAUUCAUUGUAUUUUAGAUUUUUAUUAGCCUAGGGUCGGACCUGGUUAAUUUGUUGUUGUUUAGAAUUUUGGACGGGUUCCAAAGAUCUGGACGCAAUCUGUUCAAGGCAAUCAUCAAAUUCCAGCAUUCCACCGAGAGGCAGAGAAGAAGGUGAAGAAUCAAUCAAAGAUGAUACACCGAAAGUGGAGCCUGUUAACGGGACCAACAGCGGUCAUCGGAGCGGUCGUCGGCGUUAUCGUCGUCUCCCACUUUAUCUUCGUCCAGAAUGGUCCAUCCCACAAGCCAAAGCCACCACAAAACUCAGAGGCAAUGCGUCUAAGCAAGUAGGCAAACAGAGCCAGGAGACAUUUAAUAUGGGCUUUUAUAUGAUCUUGUCGCUAUUUUGAAGUUUUAUUGAUGUUGUGUUUUGUCUGCAGCACAGACCUCUGCAUUGAACUUGUGCUUUAAUGCUUCAUCACUCAACAACAACAACAACAACAAUAAUAAUGACUUGAAAUUUGA